AUGGCUCGUCAACUGCUCGCCCUCGUUCUACUCAUAGCCUUUGCCCAUGGUUUUACUCUCAGGACAUGGGAGCAAGCUUACGCGUUAGCUAACGCUACGGUGGCCAACUUGACCUUGACUGAGAAAGUCGGUCUCCUCGCAGGCGUAGGUCAGUUUCGGUCGCGUUGUGUGGGCAACACAACACCCGUCCCCCGACUCGGAAUACCAGCAAUCUGUAUGAACGAUGGUCCUGCUGGCAUUAGACUGGUCAAGAAUGUUACUGGAUUCCCAUCAGGCAUCAACACUGCGGCAACAUUCUCUCGAAGACUGAUGCAAGCGCGCGGUCAGGCAAUGGCAGAAGAGUUCAAAGGCAAAGGCAUCCAUGUCCUAUUGGGACCUGCGAUGGAUCUGAUGCGCAAUCCUAAAGCUGGCCGUGCUUGGGAAAGCUUUGGUCCAGACCCGUACUUGACUGGAGAAGGAGCCUAUUAUACGAUUGCCGGGAUUCAAUCUGUUGGCGUCCAAGCCUGUGCAAAACAUCUCGCCGCAAACAACCAGGAACACUGGCGGUAUGGUUUGAGCGCCAUAAUCGAUGAUCGCACAAUGCACGAAAUGUACUUCUACCCAUUCCUUCGCGCGAUCGAGGCAAAUGUCACGUCGAUGAUGUGUGCGUAUAACCAACAAAAUGGCACAUCGAGUUGUCACAACGCCGGGUUAAUGGGACCCAACGGCCUGAUACGAAGCGCUGGCUUUCAGGGUUAUGUCAUGUCAGACUGGGGAGCAACUCACGAUUCAGUUGCCGACAAUGCCAAUGCUGGCCUUGACAUGGAACAGCCGGGUGAUAACAUUGUUAUCGGUGGGGGUGUGUUCGGGACCGGAGGCGGUAACUUGGCCAAUGCUGUCAACGGGGGAAGCGUCAACGUGACGCGCCUCAACCAGAUGGCCGCUCGUGUACUGGCUGGAUAUUAUAAACUUGGACAAGAGACUGGUUAUCCAGCUGUUAACUUUGAUGCGCAGCAUUCCGAUGGUUCUGGCUCCCUUAACUUGGGUGUUUCAGUGCGUUCGGAAGCACACACCGCUCUCGUCCGUGAAAUUGGCGCCGCAUCGGCUGUUCUUCUCAAGAAUAAUCGUACGACAACGACUGGCACUCCUAGUGGCGCCACUACUCGUGGUUUACCCCUUGUGCAGUCCCGAAUCAAGAGCAUGGCUGUCAUUGGCUUAGAUGCUACCUAUCCCAAUCUCUCCUGCAACGAUCUGAACGAAUGCAACGAUGGGACUAUGAGCAUUGGCUGGGGAUCUGGCUCGAAUUCUCUUGCUUUCAUCGUUCCUCCCAUUAAAGCUAUUCAAGACUUUGUUGGAACUUCGGCGACCAUCACGACGUCACUGAAUAACGACCUCAAUGCCGGACCUGCUGCAGCCAAGGGAAAGGAUGUCUGCAUUGUGUUUGGCAACGCGAUGAGCGGCGAACUUGGAUUCUACAGCACCGUGGUUGGGAACAUGGGAGAUCGUAAUGAUCUAGCAUUAUGGUGGCGAGAGGGUAGCCUAAUCGAGGCUGUUGCGGCUGUGUGUAGUAACACUAUCGCAGUCAUACACAGCGUGGGGCCCGUUAAUCUGAGUUGGAGCCAACACCCUAACAUCACUGCUAUCAUCUACGCUGGCGCACCAGGGGAGCAGACAGGACCAUCUCUCGUUGAUGUCCUCUAUGGCGCAGUCAACCCAGGCGGCCGUUUGCCAUAUAGUAUUGAUGAAAACGAAGCCUCGUAUGGAACAACAAUUGUCUACAACAGUCUCGGAUUCCCUGUCGUCAACUACACAGAACAAUUGCUCAUCGACUACCGCUAUAUGGACUCCAAGAAUAUUGUACCACACUACGAGUUCGGCUUCGGGCUUUCAUAUACUACCUUCGGGUAUUCCAACCUCAAGAUUACGUCGACUGGCUCAGGAUCGUCCUCAAGUGUUACGGUAACAUUCGUUGUCGCCAACACUGGUGCAUUCGCGGGUACCGAGAAGCCCCAACUCUAUCUUGCGUAUCCAGCAUCUGCGGGAGAGCCCAAGCGAGUCCUUCGUGGGUUCGACGAGGUUGGGCCGCUAGCUGUUGGUGCUAGCCAAACUGUGACCAUGAGCAUUUCGGCUAGGGAGAUGAGUAUCUGGGAUGUCAUCACUCAAGCUUGGGUUCGUCCGUCUGGCACAUUCACCGUGACCGUUGGCGCAUCCAUCAACGAUGUCCGACUUACGGGGACCUUCUAG